UUCGAUGGUGGCGCCGCCUACAUCGCGUGUGAUAACUAUGCGAACAGCCGUUGUGUGUUAUUGCCGAUCCGUAUGUCGGACCGCAGAUGAGUCGUCUAACCUUUCAGCAGUCAUCGAAACCAAAAGAAUCUGGGUCACCGGAAGCUUACUUAAGGUCCGCUGAACAGCGCACGUUUUGUACAAGCCAUCGAAGGUCAUACGCGGAAGGCAAGUAGUUUCAGUAACAUCCCUGACUUCAAUGCGCGCUCUUUUCGAGGCAGUUGUUUGUUUGGUUCGGGAAAAUCGGUCAGUGCCCUUUUCUUGCAACGUGAAAGCGUGGAGAGAGAGAUGUGUUUGACAAGAAUGCGACAUAGCUUUAGACGAAAAUUGUGAUGCUGUUGAAAAGGGUUUCAAGGAGUUGUUAGAGGACGAACCGGCUACUUGGAGCAGCCAGCGAAUGAAAGUAUCGUACCAUGCACAAUUGGACUGGCUACUUUUUCCACCACAAGCCCGCCCUUUUGUUCUUCCCUGAAGAACAGACCCUUAGCAAAGCGUGGGGACCAUGCAAUGUUUGUAAACCACUCAACACGAAAUUCACGGUAUCAACGGACCGUUGCGAUAUUUUAGGACGAUUUAGAACGCUUUGUGAGCUUAUAUGUUGGACACAGAUGCGUAGUUUGAUCAGCACAGAAGCAUGCUUUCGAUAAUGGUAGCACUAUCUCUUAGAGUGAAGGAGCAUCGUGUGAAACUGCGUUCAUGGAACAAUGCCCGUCCGUCGCGCUCCGCCGGCUGAAAAUUGACACGUCUCCCGACUCUUACGGCUAGACGGCGGAGUUCUGGCGCCUUUUUGUAGGGACAUCGUACUGCACGAGACAUGUUAAAAUAACGUCAACUUCAAUUUUUUGCUGUGGACAUGAAUUUGCGGGUGUGAGAGGUGUAGUAGAACGCGGCUCCUACACACUUGCACUAAAUGUUAAAAUCCUAUGCUGAUUGAUUAUUGAAAUCUGGGACAUUGAGGAAAAGAACACUUAUGAUGCGUGAAUGCGUUAGAGCCCACUGAAACUGGUGAAUUUUAGACGCGUGUUUCAGUCACGAAAGUUACUGCGGCCACGACAUCUGGCGUGCCGCAUCCCGCCCGAGAUCUAGCUGGAUGGUUACACGGAGCGUCUCGAAGUGAGCGCGCCCGGACCGAGGCGUGUCGGCGUUGCCUGCAGCCGCAGCGCCACCGGCGGCGGGCGGCGGCGGGGCGGCGGCCGCCAGUCGUCGCGCAGGUGAAGUGCAGUGAGGUGUGAUCAGUCGGCGCAGAAAAUAAGCCAACCGCGGUACGGACACGUGAGGGCGAGUGCACCGCGCCACGGGGCGCUCACGAUGCACGCGGUGUUUAACAAGGAGAACAGCAGCCUGAUGGGCCACAUCGGCUGCGCGCCGCAGGCCGUGUGCAACUUCAUGCUGAACAAGGCGCGCAAGACCCGCCGCAGCCGCAGCGUCUCGCACGGCCGGUCCCAGCGGCGGGGGUCGAGCGACGACGACGAGCCGGCACAUGAUGACGUCAUGGUCGCCGAGAACGUGACGAAGGACCCGGAGCGGUCGGGGCGCCGUCUGUCAACGCUCGUGCACGGCGUGCGCAACCUGAAGCGUCGCCUGGCGGCCCGCCAGCCGCCGGCCUCGGGACCCGAGCGGCGGCAGCACCGCGCCUCGCUCGACAGCCGCAGCAGCGACGGCUCGGCGCUCUCCUCGGCCGGCAGCGAACCGGCGCUGAUCGACAGCAACCGGAGCUCACUGCUCUCCAACAUGUCCUCGUCCUCGGAGGACUCGGACGGCGGGUACCGGGGGCCGACGGUCGGUCUGGCCCGCGCCCGGGUCGACUACGUGCCCAGUCCGUACGACCGCGAGGCGCUCCGGUUCAGCCGCGGCGACACCAUCCACGUCAUCAGCAUGAACCCGAGCGGCCUGUGGCGGGGCGCGCUGCACGGACGCGUGGGCACCUUCAAGUUCAUCAACGUGGAGGUGCUGCCGGCCGAGGAGCGGGCGCGUCAGUCGGCGGCGCCGCCGCUCCAGGGCCGGCCCAGCUCCGUGCCGCAUCUGCUGGAGCAGCUCGGCGUGCCGGAGUACGCGCACAUCUUCAGUCUGCACGGUUUCGAUCGUGUGGAGGACUUCUACUCGUUGGAGGCGGAGCAGCUGUCCGACCUGGGUAUCGUCGACCCCGAGCACCGGUCCAGCCUGCUCGGCGCGCCCGUGCUCUCUCUGCUGACCCUGACGCCGGCAGCCCGCUCUCGCUGUGCGACUUCACUCAGCCGCUGCUCUCGGAGCUGAUCCGCGACUCGGGCUGCUACGACGUCUGGCGGCUGACUGAGGAGACCGCCGCGCUGAAGGCCAGCUCACCGGCCGCGGCCGAACGCCAGCCGGCGGGUCGGGAGCCGGCCGACGGUGACGAUGACGCCGACGGUGAAGGCGACGCCGACGCCGAUGCUGACGCCGA